AUGACCUCCCGCCUUGCCGUUGCUCAAUUUUUGGAAACCAGAUCCCAACAGAGUGUUGUUCACGAGUAUAGAAAUGACAUUCACAGCCACUUCCUCCAUCUAGACUUCAAGUACAAGCAGAACCCUGUUCCGCCUCCGGUGCAACCCCAGCUUGCGCAGAACAGGUUUGCGUUGCUCAACUCCAUCUUCGACGUGACAGAAAAACUCUCAUGGUCAUAUGCAACCUUCAGUUUGGCGGUGUACCUGCUUGACAGAUACAUCUCCAAGGUGCUGGUGCACGAAAAAAAUUUCAAGCUUGUUGGCUACUGCUGUCUAUGGAUCGCUUCCAAGUACAACGAAAACAAACCAAAAGGAAAACUGAUUAACGCUCUUAUCAAAAGAGCUGGCUAUGAACUCGAUAGAAAGCCGGACUUCCUCAGACUGGAGCUGGAUAUCAUGUCGGUUCUCAAAUGGGACGUUUCGCUUCCAACUGCAGACUAUUUUGUUCAAUUCUACACCAACAGCUCCCAACCAAACCUCAAGGAGAGACACGAAGGUGCAAUGUUCCUGUGCGAGCUGGCUCACUUUGACAGAAGCCUGCUCUACAGCUAUACCCCGAGCUGUAUCGCGGUGGCAGCCAUUGUGCUUACCAACAUGGCUGCUGCUGGAACCACCGAGAAACUCGACGAGUUGCAAACAGGUCUGCUCCGCCACUGUCUAGCGGUCCCUUCAUCCAUAAGGGCCAAGUAUUUCAAUUCUGGGAACCGUAUCUUCACCCACUUGACAAACAUGGCUACUUCUGUCCAUCAUAAAGCAAGAGGCUUGGAAUUACCCUACGUCAGCUACGCUCCUCACCAAUCUUCUCCUAUCCAGGAGCUGGUUCUGUAUCCAAACCUCCCUAUUUCCCCAAUAGCAUCUCCAAUUCACCACCAACGUCAUUCCCAUACAAGAACACAGUCGAUUUCGUCGCUGCGGUCGCGACAAUUCGACUCAAUGGGUCUUCCUUCUCCCGGAACGACGCCGGUUUCGUCGGCCGUUGGGUCUCAGACAAUCACCCCCAUUCAGAUGCCUUUGGAUCUAGAUGAGCGCAGUGUCAAGAGAAGACGCUACGUGUAG